CCAGACGAGCCCCAGGACAAGGCCCUGUUCUCCCCGCUGCAGACAAACCCGGGUCGGCCCUGCCAUGGCCCUGAAGGCACCACGCCCAGCUCUUCUGCCCCUGCUCUGCCUGGCAGCCUCCUGCCUGGCACUCUCAACAGCCGAUGCCCAGUACAAUAAAUUCCUGAAGCGGCAUCUCGACUUCCCCAAGUCACGGGUUGAGAACGCCCAGCAGUACUGCACCACCAUGAUGGGGAGGCGGAGCAUCCGCUGCCAGGGCAAGAACACCUUCGUGCACACCAGCGAGGCCCAGCUGAGAGCCGUCUGCAGCUCGGGGACAAGCCAUGGGCAAGACACCCGCGACAGCCUGGGCACCUUCCAGCUGACUGUCUGCACCCGCCUGCCCAAGGGCCCGUGCCUCUACCGGGGCAGCUCCACCACGGCCCGUAUCCGCCUGGUCUGCCGCAACGGGUUGCCCGUCCAAUACUUGAGACGUAUCUAACCCUAACCCUAACCUGGCCAGUUGAUGAACUUUGCCCAGACGCUGUACUGUUUUAAGUGUGUAUUUCCCAAAUACAAUAAAUAAUCUGCACUCCAAUGGCUUCUUGAUUAGACCACAGGCCAGUAAGGUCAUUGGGUUCCUUGGCACAUAAAGCAUCUCACCAUUUCCAUAGCCAUGAUAUCAGAAGCUUUGCACUUAGGCAAAGUAUUUGCAAACAGGCAUCUCUCAAGAAGCUAGAGCCAUCUUCAGGCAUAUAUGUAGCAAUCAAAGCUUGCACCAUUUAGAGGAAACAGGAGUUAGAGAGAAGUCACCCAUAUCCUCUGCAAAACAUUUUCCAAGCAGCAGAGUCUUUCUUCAGAUUGCAGGGAUACAGCCUUUGAGAGAGCUUAUAGAAGGUUUUACUUUCAGUAAGACAUUGGUCAGGGUUUAAAUGGAGGUUUAUUGCUAUAGAGAGAAGGGAGAAAUUCCCACGUAUUAUGGCUUCCGAUAAGGAUCUUCAGUGUCAGGCUCUUUGAUCCUGAAUACAGAGCACUUAGACAUUCCUUUCAAGUCAGGACUCUCUUUAAACCACAAACAUCCUCCUUGCUUUGUUCUCCAGAUAAUCUCAUCCCUCUACUAGACCGCUGUCCUGGUCUUAGAUAAGAUCCAAGUGGUUUGUUUGCCUUUUGACCCUUCUGGCUUUAACACCUGCCAUUCCCAGUGUAUUUACGACUUGCAACUAAACACUUCAAUUAAUUAUUGCUCAUAAUAAACAAUGCUUAUUUACCUUUUCAAAACAUAGCACAAAGGAAGAGAGUCUAGAGAGAUAAAGGAAGAUGCAAGUUAUGUAAAUUAUGUUUUAGAGCCUGUGUAAACACACUUGAGUGUCAUAAAGAUGGAUUUAUGGCCACCAGAGACAUGCAGUUUUCCUCAGAAAACUAUCACUUCAAGUGCAAGGGGUUCCCCGAUCCUGCUGACAGGCUAGGGGGCUCUGGAGGGGAGCAUUUGAUCUGGGUCUUCAGCACCAUCAGUCUGCAGACAGCCUGCCUGGAGUAAGUUGGGUGAAUUGUGCCUUAGGGAGCAGCCUGCUUUCUCUCUCUCUGUUUUUUGGAUUCUUGUGGGUUAAAGUUCUGGAUUAUAAGAAAUAAAAUUGCUUCUUUCUAGCAAGAGUAUAGUAUGUUUUUAUCUAAUUUCACUCUGUGUAUGCCAUGAAUGUAACAGGCAGAAAGUAAAAUACUCCUUGAAUUUCUUUAAUUCACAUGAGCAAUUAAAAAUAUAGGCAUGUCAGUUAUUACAUUCUCCAAACAUCCUGCAUAAAAAUAAUUGUGUCUCUUUUGUUCAGUGGAGACACAGGCAAGUUUGUAAUGAGGUAACAUGAUAAAAAAAAUUGAUAAUACUUUUUAUGUCAGUACUGAGGUUUACCCUCCUCCUUCUCCUCAAUAUUCCUACUGGGGUUUGGUUCAGAGGGAAAUCUCCUGCUUUGGCUGCAAUAAAAGGUUUUA